AUGGUCCUGGCUGGCCGGCCGGGCUUGGAUGGCAAAGCUGAUGCGGGAGCCGAACGGGGUCUUGCCAGACAGUUGGCUGAGAAGGUGGUGAUGUGGAUCGAUGAACACCGGUCGGAUUCUUUCCGCAGCGCAUCUAUUUGCGGAACAGCGGAUCUUACUAAAACAGCCAUACCGCUAAUAAUUACCGCCUAG